CUGCCUGCGACCCGGAACCGAGGGACACUGCCUGCGACCCGGAACCGAGGGAGACUGCCUGCGACCCGGAACCAAAGGGGUCUGCACUUUGUCCGACAGCGAUUUCAACAUAUCUUCUGACGACGAGGAAUGUGACACUUUCAUCAUUAAAAUAUUCCUUUCCAGUUUGUGGUUGUGUUUUCUUCAAAUGAGACACUGGAGGAGAGGCAAAGAUCAAACUCUGAUUUAUUUAGUCUUCUGUCACUCUUGUUUUCAGCUUUUCAAGUUUAUGCAGACACACACACACACACACACACAUACACACAUUCAGGCACUCACACAUACACAUACACAUGCACACACGCACACAAGUCCAGGCUCAUGAUCAUUCAAGUAAAAUGUGUAUGAUUUGUGUGAUGUCUGUAACUCAACAUGAAUGUAUUCUCUGAACUGCCUAAGUGUUCUAUUGUCAUGAAGCUUCAGGUAACAUUUGAUAUAGAUGUCUUGUCUGUACAUCCCAGUCACAUGGCAAGGAUGUCCUCUGAGACAUAUUACAUUACAGUACAUAAGUGACAGAGGCUGGGGGUUGUUCUAAUUGCUCCUCCCAGAUGAAAUGCCUGUAAUCCACGUUAGUGACCGAGAGGUGGCCGAGAGGUGAUCCAGGGAAAAUAAAUGAACCAUGUUUGAAACCCUGUUUCCUGAUCCAGCCUAUAUCUUACUCCCUAGGUAUCCAAGCCAGAACAAUGGGGCUUCAGGUUAUAUUGCUAUUGAUAUAGAAACUCCACCAUUCUUCGACAGGCGAGUCAGUCAUCUGCAAGAUAUGAAGAUGGAGAACAUUUGUACCCAACACAAACAACAUCCUUUCAUUCUUAUCCAUGUAAUAAUUUCACUUUAAGCGGCCAAGGAGGGAAAGGCUUGCUAAAAGAGAGGAACAAGAAGCCAAUAGUCCAUGGGGGAACAGAGACUGAAUCCUGGCAGAAAAGACUUGCUGAACCCCCUCUGGUGAAUGGCACCAUGAUGCCAGGUCAACUUUACCAGAUGAUGAAGCCCUUGACAGAUCCUCUUUAUUUUUGGGGUGAUAAUCUAACUAACUUCAUAACUGAUAUCUUAGGUCGGGUUAGCCUCUGUCUCGAAUCUGUAGGUCAGUGGUUUCCAACCUUUUUCGGUUACUGUACCACCAAAUGAAUUUUGAUCUUUCUUUUCUCAAAUACAGUACACCCUGUGGAUAGGCCAGGUACCUCCAGCGUUCCUAGUACCAAUGGUUGGGAACCACAGCUGUAGGUGACAGUGCUGGGGUAGGGGAGGGUGUUGUGAAUCUGAACCCUGAUGAUAUCUGUCAUUGCUCCCACAGCACUAAUGGCCAUAAUGAUGACCUGAGUCCCAAUACUGUGAUUCAGAAUAAACCUCAAGAGUAAUGGCCUGUCUGACAGAAGCAUUCAUCACCUUGGGUCAGCAGAAGAGACCACUGCUCUGGUGGAUAAGCAGGCCUUGGACAAGGACCAAGUCACCAAAUGCCUUUAGUUAAUAGGUAGUACUCAUGUACUUCGGUGGAAAUUGAUUGUGGAAAUUUGAAGACCAGGGAUGGUAGAUACAUGUAUCUAUACGACAUUCCAGGUGUAUCUGAGAUUGCGGGGCUCAACAUGAACGGGACUGCCAUUGCUAACAGUGGAGGGGACAAGCCAAUGGAAUUUGAUAAGAAUGAGGUGGUAACAAUGAACAACAGUUCAAUCACCCUCUAUAAAUGCCAAAAUCUGACAAUGAACUUCAUUUACAGUGAUGCUACACAGCAGAAGGCUGGAACUGAGUCUAAUGGUAAACAACCCCCAGUUAAGGAGAGAUGUUCCCAUUACAUUGUCACAGAGAUGAGGAAUGAGGUUGUGACAACUGCACCUUUGAAUUCAACUAUCAUCAAAGAUGGAGACAAUCCUGAUUCAAACCGUGGUGACACUGAUUUGAUCUGGAAAAUCAUUGUUGGUAUUGUAGCUGUUGUGGUGGUCAUUGCUGCUCUGCUCUGUGUGUUUAAACCUUGGAGAGACAAACAGUGCCACCAAGGCCACAGAGAUGUGGAAGAGGGUCAGGGCAAUCCAGAACCAAACUCCAUUCCUCUGAUGCAGAAUGAGCAACGUGAUUCAAGAGACAUCAGAAAGCCUGAUGACGGUGAGACUGUUGAGGCUGUGGUUGUUCCCAGUGACCAAGGAGGUGAGCCAGGAGAGGAGAACAGGCAGCCCAUGGACAAUGAAGAGACAGGCGCUGACACCCCUCUGCUGAAUGGAGAUGCCAGCGACCAAGGAGAGGAAGGCGUUCUAGGAAUGGAGGAUGGAAAACCGUCAGACAAUGACAGAGCAGACACUGAAACCUGUCAGAAGACACAUGCUGAUCCCCCUCCACUGAAUGUACCCAAAGUUGUCAGGGUUAACAGCCAGACUGAUGACCCACAGCUUCUGGGUCAACCUCAGAGCAAUGGACGCGUGCCCUAUAGAAGGGAAUCACAGCUGACUGAUGGGGCUCCAGGUCAGGGUGCUGGUGAGACUUCACCCCUCCUCUGCAGAAGCCCAGGAGAGGAAGGCGUGCUAGAAGGGCAGGACAGGAAGUCAGCAGACAGUGGGGGAACAGACCCUGAAUCCUGUCAGAAGACACAUGCUGAACCCCCUCUAGCGAAUGGACACCAUGAUGUCAGGGUUAACGAUGAGACUAAGGAAGUGACUCCUGGUGCACAGAGUCCAGGACCUCCUCAGAUGAAUGGAGGACCUCCCAUGUCUAACAGAGCUGCAGAGGAGACCACUGCUCUAUUGGACAAACAGGCCUUGGACAAGGACCAAGUCACCAAACCUCCUGAGUUAAUAGACAAAGGACCUAAUGACAUGGAGUCAGGAGAACUGUAACAAGCGGUGGACGUUUGUAUAACAAAAGAAAACCUAAUAUGUUAUUAUAAAAUACAGUAAUAAUUAUAAGAUACACAUAUGUGACUAGCUUCAUCAUAAUCCGUCAUGUCAACCCCAAGACACAUUUUGAGCAGUGUGUUUUACUGCACAAUGAUUUUCAGAAAGCUCAACUGUUUAUUAAGUUCAUUCUCUAUGUGACGGGUGUAAUCUGGAUAGGUUAGGAAACGUGUUUAAGUGAAAUCAGUUGAAAUUCCAAAACAGCACAUUACUUGUAGAUAACAAUAAUUUUAGUUAUCUGAAAAUGAGUGUGACUUAUGACUAAUUAUGAUACAGCAUGUCACAUAUUAGCUAUACAACAUUAUAAUGAUAUGAAAGGAUGGCAAGAUCAUACUUACACUGGUAUUGUAUACUAUACAUACAAGCAAAUAUAAAUCACAUACACAUGAGAAGAUGCAUAAAACAUAAACCUCUUUAGUAUAGACAUUUCCAAGAUCAUGAGGUCUCAAUGUCUUGUGGACAUGUCAAAUAGCUAAACAUUGACCGGGCGUUAUUUACACUAUGUAUACUCAAAUGUAUGUGGACACGCCUUCAAAUUAGUGGAUAUGUCUAUUUCAGCACCACCCGUUGCUGACAGGUGUAUAAAAAUCGAGCACACAGCUAUGCAAUCUCCAUCGACAAACAUUGGCAGUAGAAUGGCCCGUACUGAAGAGCUCAGUGACUUUCAAUGUGCUACCUUUCCAACAAGUCAGUUCAUCAAAUUUCUGCCCUGCUAGAGCUGCCCUGGCCACCUGUAAGGGCUAUUAUUGUGGCGCAUCCUUGGCUCAGCCAUGAAGUGGUAGGCCACACAAGCUCACAGAACGUGACCGCCGUGUGGUCAAGCGUGUAAGUCGCAAUCGUCCGUCCUCAGUUGCAACACACACACUACAGAGUUCCAAACUGCCUCUGGAAGCAUCGUCAGCACAACUGUUUGUCAGGAGCUUUAUGAAUUGGGUUUCCAUGACCGAGCAGCCACACACAAGCCUAAGAUCACCAUGCGCAAUGCCAAGCGUCGGCUGGAGUCGUGUAAAGCUUGCCGCCAUUGGACUCUGGAGCAGUGGAAACGCGUUCUUGCUUCACCAUCUGUUAGUCCAUCAAACGAAUCUGGGUUUGGCGGAUGCCAGGAGAACGCUACCUGCCCCAAUGCAUAGUGCCAACUGUAAAGUUGGGUGGAGGAGCAAUAAUGGUCUAGGGCUGUUUUUCAUGGUUCGGGCUAGGCCCCUUAGUUCCAGUGAAGGGAAAUCUUA